GAUUCACAGCCGGCACUCGGUGAUCGUCGGCAAAGCUGACAGGGGAGAGAACUGUGUGUAAACAACACAGAUCUCUCUCCUGUCAGCAUCAUGGACAUGCUGCUUUGUAUCUCUCUGCACAGCUAAGUGAUACAAAGCAGCAUGUCUCCCAAGUAAAACAGCACACAAUAUAAAACACACAGCACGCAGUUAACCCUUUGAUCACCCCAGAUGUUAACCCCUUCUUUCCCAGUGUCAUUAGUAAAGUGUCAGUGCUUUUUAUUAGUACUGAUCACUGUAUUAGUGUCACUGGGGAUGUCAGUGGCAGUUAGUCAGUUCCCACCAAGUGUCAGAAUGCCCACUGCAGUCCCACAGUCCCGCUAUAAGUUGCUG